AUGGCGACGAGCGCGGCGCGCCGGGGAGGCGGCGGCGGCGGCGCGGCGGCCCAGCCGGCUUACGCCAUGCAGAGCCCCUCGGGCCUCCCUGCGCUCGGCAGCCUGUCGCGAGAUGCGGCCGGCCCCGGCCCCGGCCCCGGCCCCGGCCCGCCCGCGCUCUCGCCGCCGCCGCCGCCUUGGCGACCGGGCGCGGAGGCGUGGCGACGAGUGGCCGCUGACCUGGAGCGCAGCCUCGAGUUCCUGCGCCGGCAGCACGCCGAGACUCUGCAGCAGCUGCACGACGAGGUCGACCGGCUCAAACGGCAGAACAGGGAUCUUCAUUAUAAGCUCAUAAUGCAUCCGAUACUCUGGAAGACAGACUUUUUCUCCAGCACAUGUGUUAAGUCACGCCCAAGGAGUAGCUCAAAGAGGAGGACAGCUUACAACUUGAACAUAGGAGAACAAAGUGAAGAAGAUACUUUAGGUACUGUGGAGCUGGAAAAGAAACAAGUAAAUGCUAAGGAAGAGGAAAGCACAGAAGAGAGCAUAGAAGGGGAGACUGACAGUACAACACAGAAGGAAUCGGAGGCCCUCCAUCCAGAGUCUGAGGGGAUGCCAACAAAAGUGCCUCCUUCUCCCCACACCAGAGGUAUACAAGUCUGUGACAGAAUGACAUCUCCAAACCCUCCAAGCAGACCUGGGAAUGUGACAAUUCCUGCUGCCUCUUCCAAUCCUUUCUUAGUAAAUGUUCUCCCGUCUUACAUGCGGAAACCACCAACGCUGGAGGAAUGCGAGGUGGUCAUUCGUCAGUUGUGGAAUAUCAACCAUAUGCAAAUGCAAGAGCUGAUGUAUCUGAGAUCAUGUUUAGAAGACAUCCACAAGACAAAAAGAAUUCCUGAAGAUUACCUGCUAGCUGGCCAGCUUGGGAGCCAGGAGACGAUCCGGUUACCAAGAGUAAAGAAUGUUCCUAAGAAAUGUAGGAUUCUAGCACCACUGCCUGCUGCUGAAAGGGCUGUGCUGCCAGCACUGAAGCAAACGUUAGGAAAUGCUUUUGCUGAGAGACAGAAGAGAGCCCAGGCUAUCCAGAGGAACAGGCUCCAUCGGACUGCACUUUAGCAACCGGGCCCAGUGGGUCCCUUUCUGUACCCUGCCUCCUUAUUCUGAAGGGCUUCAGAAGCCAGCCUCAUCUUGUUUUCAGCACUGUGCACCGGAAGGGUUUUCCCUAGAUGUUGUUUCUGGUGUUUUUUUCCCACAUUUUAAAAAAUAAUUUCAUCAUUAUCUAUUAUAGAAAACCACUUAAUCCCUAGGAACUGGUCUAUUUUCAGUUAUAAUAGUUUGCUUCUCUUCAGUAAAAGAGUUAGGUGUGAAAUACACAUAUGAUUACUUAGACCAUGCAGGUCAAGGGACUAGGAAAGGCAAACCUAAGCAUAGGAUCUCAUCACAGGCUGUUCUAGAAUUGGCAGAGGUAGGUUUGCAUGAGAAAGCAAGUCCUUGUUAAACACUGGAACAGUACAUUUAUUACAAUAAACAAAUACCUUGAUUCAUGUA